CUUCAUUCUCCAUUGUGAUUUUCGUGUUGCCGUCGGUCGUGAAUUCGAGACAUGUUCGCGGAGGCGAGACGGCGGAACGCAUCGACCCCCUUCAGGGACCGGCUCCGCUUCAUCCUGUUCAGGUUCGACCUCCUCUUCGCCAUCAACGACCUGCCGCUCGACGAUCGCCUCACCUUCUAGUGUUCCCAAAGGAAUCCUCGGAGUAUAGUGUAUUACGUCCGUUCAACCUAUGGGAAUCGUUCCUUAACCAUCAGCUGGGUGGAACCAGACGUGUGUUUCCUGACCUUUCUGGCCAUGAUUUGCUUCUCCGUCUUCACCUUCCUCAUCUACCCUCUCUGCAACUACUUCGCUGAGGAUGCUUCCACUCAGCAGCAAUUUAUGUCGCCUGAGUUGUGA